AUGUACGUAUUGAUUUCAUUCAUAUUGUUGUCUACCAAUAUCCUACUGGCAAAUGGUGCCAUACCAGGCACACCGCCAGAUCCUCUUCCAUCGUAUCUCUAUCAAGUUUUAACAGACGCGCCACCAUCGCCUCUUCCUGAUGUUCUUCCUAUGUCUGAUCGUGAUGCAGCAGAUGGUUUUGUCCAUCUCAUUCGUGCAAUUAACAUGCUUCCACUUGUAAUGAAAAAUUAUAACUAUACAGUUCAAAUAUGGGCUCUCCGAUUAGAUUUCUACUGGAUGAGAAAAAAUGGAUAUGAGGUGAAAUGGGAAUGGUCGCGAAGUAAUACAACGGUCUAUCCUCAUUUAUAUGCAAACAUCACCAAGAAAAUGGUCCUAGAUCAAAAAACAUGGACGCGAAAACCAGGUGAAUUGUGGAAUGCAACAACUAUCGUUGAUGAUCCAUGGUUAACAGAUAGUAGUGUUCGUUUAGGAGGACAAAUGACAUGGAUUGUUCCGUUAGUUUUCAUAUGUUUUUACUCAUUUGUUCAUUUCUAA